AUGCAUCAUUCCGUCCACGAUCCUGGUGCCGUCUUUGCUUCGGCCUCUCUAGACAAAAUUUCGAUGGAAGACUGGAGAUGCUUUACAUGCAACCACAGCACCUCAAAUCUGGCACAAAAAAUGGCAUCUCUUAGCAUAAACGCGAGGCACCCUCUGGCUCAGCUGCUAGGCACGCUGGGCGAGGCGCUAGCUCGAAUCCCUUCAAUACACAUCGGUCUGCCAGUGGCUAUGCCGGCCCAAGACGUCUCAUUGAAUGGAGUGGAACCUUCCUUCUUCCACGACAACGGGAUCCUUUUGGCUGCGCCAAAAAAGAAGACAUCGCACAUGAAGAGAAGACAGAGGCUUUAUGCCCCCGGAAGCAAGCAGAUCAAACUGCUCCAUCACUUGAACAGAUGCCCUGCCUGUGGAAACUACAAACGCUCUCACGCCCUAUGUAUGCACUGUGUCGGCCAGAUCAGGAGAUAUUGGAAAGACGAGGCUGCUAAGAAGGAGGGUGAGCAAUAUGUCGAGGAUUUUGCUAAUCCACUUGAUGAGAAGGUGCUUUAUCCAGGCAAGUUGGAGAGCUCUGAGCAGGAGAAGCUGAGGAAGAAGGAGUAUUUGUUGAGACGCCCAAAAACGCUCCCAGUUGAAUAA